GGAUGCAGUUCUGCUCGGAAGCUCGUGCAUGCUGGGAACUGAAGUCUAGGGAGGUAGGCUGUUCCCGGCAUGCAAUGCGGGAGGCUGCGACCGCGCCGGGGUAGCGGGGGAACGAGCCAGAGGCGGGAGGCGCGGUGGCUGAGGCGCGUCUGCGCCGGUGACCUGAAUGAGGUAGACCAUGACUGUGCCUUCGGUGGCGUCACCAGCCGGGCCGCUUUUCCCGGGAUUUCCCUAAGCCGCCUCCUGGUUGGACGCGCUUCCAGAUUUUGUCCACAACUGCUUGUGGAAAAGAUGGCUGAUAUUAACCUCAGAGAAAUAACCUUAAUAGUAGGUGUGGUUACUGCCUGCUACUGGAACAGCCUCUUUUGUGGUUUUGUUUUUGAUGAUGUUUCAGCAAUAUUGGAUAAUAAAGACCUGCAUCCAUCUACACCUUUAAAAACUUUAUUUCAGAAUGACUUCUGGGGAACCCCUAUGUCUGAGGAGAGAAGCCACAAGUCUUACCGUCCCUUAACUGUAUUGACAUUUCGCUUAAAUUAUCUGUUUAGUGAACUGAAACCAAUGUCUUAUCAUCUCCUAAAUAUGAUUUUUCAUGCUGUAGUUAGUGUGAUAUUUCUUAAAGUCUGCAAACUUUUUCUGGACAACAGGAGUAGUAUGAUUGCUUCUUUACUUUUUGCAGUGCACCCAAUACACACAGAAGCCGUAACAGGUGUUGUAGGAAGAGCAGAACUUUUGUCAUCCAUCUUUUUUCUAGCUGCAUUUUUGUCAUACACCAAAUCAAAAGGACCAGAUAAUUCCAUAGUAUGGACUCCAAUUGCGUUGACAGUGGUUUUAGUUGCGAUUGCAACAUUGUGUAAAGAACAAGGAAUAACAGUUGUGGGAAUUUGCUGUGUGUAUGAAGUAUUUAUUGCCCAGGGGUAUACUUUGCCAUUAUUAUGUACUACUGCUGGGCAGUUUUUCCGUGGAAAGAGUAGUAUUCCAUUUUCUAUGCUGCAGACACUAAUAAAACUCAUUGUUUUGAUGUUCAGUACACUAUUACUUGUUGUGAUUAGAGUCCAGGUUAUUCAGUCCCAACUUCCAGUAUUCACCAGGUUUGAUAACCCAGCUGCUGUAAGCCCAACUCCUACAAGGCAGCUAACUUUUAACUAUCUCCUUCCUUUGAAUGCUUGGCUUCUAUUAAAUCCUUCAGAACUCUGCUGUGAUUGGACCAUGGGAACAAUACCCCUAAUAGAGUCAUUUCUAGAUGUUAGAAAUCUUGCCACAUUUACUUUCUUUUGCUUUUUGGGGGCAUUGGGAGUAUUCAGUCUCAGAUACCCUGGUGAUUCCUCCAAGACUGUUCUAAUGGCACUUUGUUUGAUGGCGUUACCAUUUAUUCCUGCAUCGAACCUUUUUUUCCCAGUUGGAUUUGUUGUUGCUGAGCGAGUAUUAUAUGUUCCUAGCAUGGGGUUCUGUAUUUUGGUAGCCCAUGGAUGGCAGAAAAUAUCAAACAAAAGUGUAUUAAAAAAGUUAUCCUGGGUUUGUCUGUCUAUGAUGAUAUUCACUCAUGCCUUAAAAACACUCCACAGAAAUUGGGAUUGGGAAUCUGAAUAUACAUUGUUUAUGUCAGCUUUGAAGGUAAAUAAAAAUAAUGCCAAAUUAUGGAAUAAUGUGGGUCAUGCUCUGGAAAAUGAAAAGAACUUUGAAAGAGCUUUGAAAUACUUUUUACAGGCUACCCAUGUUCAGCCAGAUGAUAUUGGUGCCCACAUGAAUGUAGGAAGAACUUACAAAAAUUUAAAUAGAACCAAAGAAGCUGAAGAAUCUUACAUGAUGGCUAAGUCACUGAUGCCCCAGAUUAUUCCUGGUAAAAAAUAUGCGGCCAGAAUUGCCCCUAACCACCUAAAUGUUUAUAUUAAUCUGGCCAAUCUGAUCCGAGCAAAUGAGUCCCGGCUGGAAGAAGCAGAUCAGCUAUACCGACAAGCAAUAAGCAUGAGACCUGACUUCAAGCAGGCUUAUAUUAGCAGAGGAGAAUUGCUUUUAAAAAUGAAUAAACCUCUUAAAGCGAAAGAAGCAUAUCUUAAAGCACUAGAGCUGGACAGAAAUAAUGCAGAUCUUUGGUACAACUUGGCAAUUGUUCAUAUUGAACUUAAAGAACCAAAUGAAGCCCUAAAAAAUUUUAAUCGUGCUUUAGAACUAAAUCCAAAGCAUAAGCUAGCAUUAUUCAAUUCUGCUAUAUUAAUGCAAGAAUCAGGUGAGGUUAAACUCAGACCUGAAGCCAGAAAACGACUUCUAAGCUAUAUAAAUGAAGAGCCACAAGAUGCUAAUGGUUAUUUCAACCUGGGAAUGCUUGCCAUGGAUGACAAAAAGGACAGUGAAGCAGAGGUGUGGUUGAAGAAAGCCAUAAAAUUACAAGCUGAUUUCAGAAGUGCUUUGUUUAAUCUGGCUCUCCUUUAUUCUCAGACUGCAAAGGAAUUAAUGGCUUUGCCAAUUUUGGAAGAGUUACUCAGACACUAUCCUGAUCAUAUCAAGGGUCUCAUUUUAAAGGGAGACAUUCUGAUGAAUCAAAAGAAAGAUAUACUUGGAGCAAAAAAAUGUUUUGAGAAGAUUUUGGAGAUGGAUCCAACCAAUGUUCAAGGAAAACACAAUCUUUGUGUUGUUUAUUUUGAAGAAAAGGACUUACUAAAAGCUGAAAGAUGCCUGGUUGAAACAUUGGCACUAGCGCCACAUGAAGAAUAUAUUCAGCGCCAUUUGAACAUAGUCAGGGAUAAAAUUUCCUCCUCUAGUUUUGCAGAACAGCCAGUAUCCCCAGCUGAUAAGACUUCAGGUGUAGAAGGAGAAAAAAUUCCAACUGAAAAUGUAAAAGAAGUAAGAAGUGAACCCAGACCUACACAGAUCAUAAAACGAAGUGAUAAUAAAAGUCAGUCUAAAUCCAACAAACAAUUAGGAAAAAAUACAGACAAACAGACCCCUCACAAAACAACAAAAGAAAUCAAAGAAAUUGAGAAGAAAAGAGUUGCUGCUUUAAAAAGACUAGAAGAGAUUGAACGUAUUUUAAAUGGUGAAUAGCAUUAUUUAUCAUGUCACAGUGUCCUCAAAGAACUUCAGUCUAUCUUAUGUGAUUGCUUAUACUGGGAGCUUUGAAAAAUAGCAAGUGUACAUGUAAGUCUAUCAUGAACCACCUCUACAUAGGAUCAAAAUGUGAUUUUCAUUAAAGACCUGUCUUAUCCCAGGGUAGGUAUUGUAUAAGAUAUGACCAUUUUCUGAGUUUAAUGACUAUGGCAGAAAUAUUAAAUUACAAUUUGCAAAUUUAUAUCUUUUAUAUAGAAGGAAGAUUCUUCCUUCAGAGUAAUCUUGCCUACUUUAAAUUAAAAAUAAUUGGAAGCCUGAAUGAUAAUCCCUUGGGGGCAAAUUCAACAUAUGCUGGUUUAUUCUAUGAAUUUGCAUUCAUUAGUUAACUUCAUUACUUUCAGUUACCUGUUAGAAUCUGAUUAUGGAUUGAAAACACUUUAUUGAGCACUUCUUUUUUUCUUCCAUAAUGUCUAACUGAGGGACUUGCACCACAAAAGAAUACUGGCUUCCUUUAUGUUGCGUUCUUUUGUUGAUUUUUAGAAGGAAUGCCAGAUGAAAUUUUUUAAAAUAAGUCCUAUGACAUGUUAGUUUAAGAAUGUAUUUUCAUAGUUGUGUGCUUUGUCCUUAACUUUACUCUGAAUGCAAUUUUUAAUCAAGUAUAUAGACACAUCCACCCACAUUUCUAAUGGUGCUCGUAUAUACUGUAUUUUUAUUUUUUUACAUACUGAGAUUUUUCACAGCAUGAACCACAUAAUUAUGACUAUUUGAGUUUUUUCUUCCCAAACUAUUCUUGUUUAUUAGGAUCUUAGUCAUAAUGAAAAAGUCCCUAUAACUAUAACGUUAAAUUUUUUGAGUUAAGACAGUUUCUUUCAUCUUGUUAUCCUUCUACUUGUUGAAUUUUAAUUCCAAAAACACACUUUAAUCAUUCUUAGAUACCUUAAGCAACUAAAUUGAGUUCUAUUUAACUGAAGGCAAAACAGUGUGACAAAGUUUAUUUUUAAACACUAAGUUCUUGAUCUUCCUAUGGUGUAUAUUUUUAUUAAAUAUUUAUUUUGACUACUGAGCUUUCACAAAAAUUUUAAAGCUGUUUGAAUUCCAUCAGCUAUGGAAAACAAAUUGCUGUUGCAUUUUCCUAUAUAUGCUUAUAUUACAGUUUAACCAAAAUUUCAUUUUGCUGUCCAGCUAUAAAAGGUAGACUCACAUAUAAUUAAUAGUCAGUUGGUUUUAACAGUUUAAAUCUGAAAACUGUUAGGUUGAAGAGCAGACAUAAAUCAGAUGUAUCAAGUUAUAUCUGAUUUUUUUUCUUGAGUUAAAAUACAUCUCAAAUGAGUUUUUUUUUUUCAAAUGAGUUUUAUAAUACCUAAUAAGUUGGUGUUAUUUUAAAAUGUUAAAAUUCGAGGUAUCAUCCUGGAAUAGGAUCUAAUUUCUAAUUAUGUAGAAUUUCAAAAACUAUAUUUCUGUUCCUUGCAGAAAUAUAAUUUCUAAUUAUAUUUCAAAAAUCAUAACUGUAAGUUUUUAUAAAGAAAUAUUUUAUAAAUAGGUCAUAAGAAAUUUGGUCUGCAUUAAAGAUCCAGUCUUACUAGGUUCCCUGAGGUUGUGUCAUAGAUUAUUUUUUUAGGCAAUUUAAAUCAAGCACUGAGACCAAUCAUAGUUCACAUUUUUUAUUUGGGAGAUUCUGUUCACCAUUAAAGCACUGCCCAGUAUUAGUUUUUAGAUUAUGGCUUUGCGACUCCAUAUAUAAGAUGGAGAAUACCUCAUAUACUAUGACUUGAAAAAAACAAAAUCUAUGUUAAUCUUCUGUUCCCUCCGCAUAUCUUGAAAAAAAGUUUGAGUCUGAUCGCUUCUGUUGUACUAUCAAGUGAGGAUAAUUCAGAAAAGUAGAGAGAAUCUUUUGUGACAGCAGAUCAUAAUAAGAGCUCUGAGUAAUAUUUUAAUAAAAUUAUGUAACUAUUCAAAAGAUAAAAAAUAUAUUGUUAUCCAAUGAUUUUUAUAGAAAAAAAGAAUUCCUCCUUACUUGCACUUAGAACAAUGCCUAUCCUGUAGAAAGUGCUCAUAUUUAAAUUUUAAAUAAUUUAUUUAAAUGAAAUCCACCUUGAGUGAUUAGUAGUUUUUCCAUUAAUGUUUUUCAACCCUCACUUCAUAUUACCAUCUGGAGGACUCCUAAUAUGGAUCCCAGACCACAACAAUUUAAUCUGAAUGGAGCCAUGCUUCUAUUUUUCUUAAAGUUCUCAGAGUGAUUCUAAUUUGUAAUCAGGGUUAAUGAUCACUACGCUAGGGGCACCUGGGUGGCUCAGUGGUUUAGCAUCUGCCUUUGGCUCAGGUCUUGAUCCUGGGGUCCUGAGAUCCAGUCCUGCAUUGGGCUCCAUGCAGGGAGCCUGCUUCUCCUUCUGCCUGUGUCUCUCCCCCUGCCUGUGUCUCUCCCCCUCUGCCUCUCUCUGUGUCUCUCACGAAUAAGUAAAUAAAAUCUUAAAAAAAAAGGGGGGGGGGAUGCCUGGGUGGCUCAGCGGUUUAGCGCCUGCCUUAGACCCAGGGCAUGAUCCUGGAGUCCUGGGAUCGAGUCCCACAUCGGGCUCCCUGCAUGGAGCCUGCUUCUUCCUUUGCCUGUGUCUCUGUCUCUCUCUCUGUGUCUCUCAUGAAUAAAUAAAUAAAAUCUUUAUAAAAAAAAAAGAUCACUGCUCUAAAUUAUAAAUUAGUUCAAGAAAAUCCUCUUAUUUCUCCUGUAUUAACUUUUUAAAUCAGUAACAUAACCUGGUUAAAUUUUUAUAUUUUAAUGAAUAUGCUCUUCUGAUAACUAGUAUUUAUUUCAUCUAAAGUACCAUCGAGCUUGUUUAUGCAAAGAUGAUUAUCUUAAAAUUCAGAAAUUUCAUUCAAGCUGUUCAAAUAAAAAAAAAAAGCAACUUUUUUUUUUUUUCUCCCUCUUUGGAACUGCCUUUUUGGGGAAAUGGAUAGUAGGGACAUUUUAGUCCAGUUCACUAACCUAUAGUUGAGAGUUGUGAGCAUCUGUAUGUUUGGAAAAGGAAGCUUAUCAUAGGAAACUUUACCAUUGUGUGCUGGUAAAGGGAUGUAGUUUUAGUUCUCACUGUUUUACAAAAGAAUCUCUUCCCCAGGAGUUCUAGGAAAGCUUUGACAAUCUCCAAAGAGCAGUUAUGUUACUUUUUACUGCUUCUCAGAAGAAAGUUUCUCUUAUUGCUCCUAUAUAUAUUUCCAUAUUAACAUUCAGAAUUGGGAAUUUUAUCUUGUAACUAUCCCAGUAAGUAAUUUCAUGGAAGUGACUUGGAGGAUAAAACAAAUGUUUGCAAUUUUGUGUUUACUUUUAUGUAAAUAGUAUGCGAAUUACACAAUUCUAAUAAAACCUCAUGCCUUUUCAUUACAUCUAAUUUGAGCUCUCAACUUCAUGUUACAGAAUACUUUUUUGAAGAUGCUUUAAUGGAAACUUAUGAAAAUAUAUAGAUUUGUAUGUCAGUUUCUACUUCAGAAAUCCAUUAUAUAUGUCAUAUUUAUUUUUUUAAAAACCUAAUUGUUUUCAUGACUAAAUGGUAUUUAAAAUGAAACUCCCAAAAUACCUGGUACCUUUGUCCAAAACUUUGUCUGUUGGAAGCUGUCAGCCAUCCAUGUUAAGGGUUUAUAAGAAAAUAGUUUAAAAUUAUAUGCAUUUUCUAUUACUGUUGUGUCUGUGUACCAUAUUUCUAAAUAUUCAGUAUAAAAUUGAUACUUUUUAAAAUCUUCACCUGAAUUGCCUUUUAGUAUUCAAAUGAAAAGUAAAAUUGCAUAUCAAGAGAUUUCUGCCCCCACAAAGACAGAAGAGCUGGUGGGUAGUUUUAUUAGCAAUGAUCUGAGAAAGGCAUGUAUUAAAUUAGUUCCAACAGUGAUACAUUUUCAAUGCUUAGUGACAGAAACUAAAGAAAAUGAGACAAAUUCAAACAUGGAAUUUUAUACACCAUAAGUAGAAAUCAGUGUAGUGAAAUAAUUAAGAGUCUAAGGUAUGCAUGUUCCUGGAUUCAAAUCCCGAUUCCACACUUGUUAGUGUAACUUAGGGAAAUUAUUUAAUCUAUAAUUCCUUUAUAUAUAUAUCUCUAUAUCCUAUUGUAUAAACUGGCAGGUAUCUUUGUAAAAUAAAUAGUGCAUGCUUAACCAUA